AUGAAGAACAUCUUUGUUGCUACCUUGGGCCUCUUCGCGGCAGUUUCGUCUGCCUUGCCCUACACUACCCCUGUCAAUGACAACCCCAUCUCUGCUCUGCAAGCGCGCGCGACGACAUGCUCGGCCAAGGCCACUGAUAACCUCAUCUUCAAGGUCUCCAUGAAGACCUUCCAGAAGGCGCGCAAGGCCAAGAACCCCUCCAAGUGCAACUGGUCAUCGGACAACUGCUCCAAGUCGCCCGACAAGCCGGAUGGAUACAACUUCAUCCCCAGCUGCCAAAGACACGACUUCGGGUACCGGAACACCAAGAAGCAGAAGCGCUUUACAAAGGCCAUGAAGAAGCGUAUCGACGACAACUUCAAGAAGGAUCUCUACAAGUACUGCAGCCAAUUCUCUGGCUGGAGCUCAUGGAAGGGAGUCGAGUGCCGUCGCCUUGCGGAUGUCUACUAUACUGCUGUCCGCCACUUUGGAAAGCGCGAUGAGCUCGAGUUUGACCCUGAGAUUGAGUUCGAGAAGCGCGAUGAGGUGGCUGAUGUCCAGCCUGACGAAUUCGAUAACUUUGACGGUUCCGAAGUUGACCCUGAUAUUGAGGGCCAGGUCAUCCCAGAGGUUCGCGAAGAUGAUGGAGUGGAUGUGGAAAACCUCGACGACAUUGAAAACCUUUAG